AUGAUGCAGUUAUCUGCAUUUUCUGAGUAUAAGAAGGAUGCUGAAAUAACUGGGAGCAGUGCUGCAAAACCCCAGAGGAGUGAUGCUGAGCCCCCACUGUCAGCAGUAAAAGAGGAAGAACUGAGGAAGGGUAGACCGCAGACCACAGAUGACAUCCUGGUGGCCUCGGCUGAAUGUCCCAGCGAUGAUGAGGACAUUGAUCCCUGUGAGCCGAGCUCAGGAAACAAUGAUAACGAGCGCCUGGCGAUUGCUAGACAGCGAAUUCCAUAUCGACUUGGUCGAGUAGUUGAUGAAUGGCUACUCGACAAAGGGCGUCAACUCACAAUCUUCAAUAGCCAAGCAACCAUAAAAAUUGGAGGCAAGGAACGGGGCCAUCCUUUCCAAGGCCAGCUCUCUGGUCUUUACUACAAUGGCUUGAAAGUUCUGAAUAUGGCAGCAGAAAAUGAUGCCAACAUCGUGAUAGAAGGAAAUGUGAGACUUGUUGGUGAAGUGCCUUCCUCCAUGACAACCGAGUCCACAGCCACAGCGAUGCAGUCCGAGAUGUCAACAUCGGUCAUGGAAACCACCACUACUUUGGCCACCAGCACCGCUAGGAGAGGGAAGGCCCCGACAAAGGAACCUAUUGGCCAGACUCUUCAGAUGGUGGACUCUGAGUUCCAGCUCUCCUUAGGAUCACCACAUGCUUAUGGUAGACUCUUUAGAGAAGACAGUUUACAGACUGAGCUGCCCCGUCUGCCACCAGUUGGGCAAUUGAUGCGCAACCAGCAUCUGAUCAGUGGUCAAUAAAAGGUUUUCUCUGCUUUGCCAUUGACACUUGGGAGAACCCAGAGCCACUGGAGCAGAAGCUGAGAAUUCCUGCACAGCUCCUUCAUUCCACUCAUACUGGGCUGGAGGAGCCUCAAAGCAGAAGAGAAGACCGCCCACCUCCUUUCUGCAGCAAGAUGCCCUACAGAUUCGAAAUAUUUAUCCUCUUUGACCUCUUUAAAAGUGUAGAGACAUAAUCUAGUUUUUUGGAAGGUAUUCCCAAAAUGUGGCAUUCCUUUAUGUGUGAGUAAAGAAAUCCCCAACUUUUAAAUGCUGCGAGAAUAGAGCUUCUGUGAAGUUAGAGCCUAUACUGCUAACUUUGGUGAGUCGCAAGUAUACACAGGGGCUUAGGAAUCAUGAAUUUGUUCUAAGAAUAUCAUUUCCUUUAUGAAGUUAUUCAGCAAAAUAAUACUGUUAUGUUCUUUCUUCUUUUUAACUUUCAUUUUUGACACUUUCUAAAAGACUCAUUUGCAAGCUUUUCUAUUCAAACAUGAAGGUGAUAAACUUCUUUUAAAACUGAAAAUAAAGGAGAUUCAUAUGUUGCAUAAUUCCAGGAGCCAAAAUGUUAAGCAAAACAUUGAGUACUGCAAGGCUUGCAAUAAAAAAUGCAAGAGUUGGCAGAAGCAGAAAGGCUUCAAAAGGACUUUUAAGUAUGGUUUUUUCUUGAAUGGGGAUAGCACAAUCAGGCCUCUAGUAUCUCUUUGGCAAGGGUAUGUGGAUCUAUAUUAACUGGAAGUCAUAAAUGAAGGGAUAGUAAAUCAAGAAUAAUAUGCUCGUUUCUCAUCAGUUUCUAAAGAUGUGAUUAUGACAGCCUAUCCGCACAGCAUUCCCUGCUCUCAUGUGUUGGAAACCAUUUCUGAAAGUUGUGUGUAAAAUAGCUUUUAUUUUUUUAAUCUUCCAUAAGGGAUUCUGGCAGUCUUCUUUGUCCUCGUCAGAGUGGGCUAUUACUGAUAACACUUAGCCACUUAACCAGCAAUUGCAAUAUACUGUGAGAUGAUUGCAUGUUUUGGAACAAUAAACACUGAUUUUUGGUCAAGCAGAAUUAAAUUGACUUUGUAUUAAAUUGAUGAACAGAAAUUUGGUCAGUUGCUCAGUAGGGCAUACAUCAGAUGAUGCGUAUGUUUCUUUACAUGCAUUGAGGCAGUGGGUUUAGGUGGUAUUCACUGUAGCAUAACAGUGAUGGGGUUGGCUCAGCACCUUGCCCAAUAAGUAAAACCAAGCAUUGAAAAAAACAGUGGAGUCUUCUAGGGAACAAAUUCAAUUUU